GUUCACGGGACUCAGAGUUUAAGGCUCCUCUCCCAUAGAGCAACUCUGCACAACCCAAGCAGACCAACUUUGGGACUUUGAAUGAACAUAUUUACAUCCACCUUUCUCUUCAUGUCGACUUUUCUGGAAACAUUCACACGGAUGCCAUGGUUACUCCUACCACGAUCUUACAGGUGAACAAGGUGAUGUCCAUCUUGUUUUAUGUGAUAUUUCUCGCUUACCUUCGUGGCAUCCAGUCUACCAACAUGGAUCAAAGGAGUUUGCCAGAAGAUUCAAUAAAUUCUCUUAUUAUUAAACUCAUUCAGGCAGACAUUUUGAAAAACAAGCUUUCUAAGCAGAUGGUAGAUAUUAAGGAAAACUAUCAAAACACAGUGCAGAAAGCAGACACUCAGCAAGACAUGGAUGGAGAUGAAAAUGUGAAAUCAGACUUCCAGCCAGUUAUCUCAAUGGAUACAGACCUCUUAAGGCAGCAGAGACGCUACAACUCUCCCCGAGUCCUCUUGAGUGACAACACGCCGCUGGAACCGCCGCCACUGUACCUCAUGGAGGAUUAUAUUGGAAAUUCGGUGGUGGUGAACAGAACCUCCCGGCGGAAAAGGUACGCGGAGCACAAGAGCCACCGAGGGGAAUAUUCCGUUUGUGACAGUGAAAGUUUAUGGGUCACGGACAAAUCAUCUGCGAUCGACAUUAGAGGACACCAGGUGACUGUGCUGGGAGAAAUUAAAACAGGCAACUCUCCAGUUAAGCAAUACUUUUAUGAAACGAGGUGUAAAGAAGCCAAGCCUGUAAAAAAUGGCUGCCGUGGCAUUGAUGACAAGCACUGGAACUCCCAAUGCAAGACAUCCCAAACUUAUGUUAGAGCACUAACUUCAGAAAAUAAUAAACUGGUAGGCUGGAGAUGGAUAAGAAUAGACACCUCCUGCGUGUGUGCGUUGUCAAGGAAAAUAGGAAGAACAUAAAUCUGCAUCUCUUUGCUAUAUAAAUUAUUACUUUAAAUUAUAUGAUAUGCAUGUAGCAUAUAAAUGUUUAUAUUGUUUUAUAUAUUAUAAGUUGACCUUAUUUAUUAAACUUCAGCAAAUCUACAGUAUAUAAGCUUUCUCUCUCAAUAAACAAGAGCAAAGGGUGUGUGCCUCUGCUGUGGGCAACUCCGGGUUUUUUUUAGACUAUGUUUGUGACACUGCUUGUCGGCAGCAUACCGUAACCUUACUGUAAAAUCUGUGUAAAAUCAGUAUUUUUCAUUCAGUAUUGUCAAGCCAGUGACUGUCAUUUAGUAAACUUGUUAAAAAUCAGAUCAAUGUCAAGACUUGUGUACAUAUUUAUAUUCCCCAAUCUAUACAUUCACAAUUAUUUGGAUGCAGUAUUGACUCCUCACCACCAAAACAAAAUGGACCAAAUUGCGUGUUGUAGCCUGCAGAUGAUGUCAAUGUUUCAGGCAUCAAGUAGCCAUAAGAUACAAUUUCUGUGUAUUAUGCCUGUUUUGCCAGUGAAAUGACCAUUUUCCCUCUGUUAGCAUUUCAGAAUGACUGCUAAUAAUCUUUCAUUUAUGUUUUUGAAGCACACUUGUUUUGCAACUGUUUCUAACGCUGCCAGUUCGUCAUAGAAAAAAUAUGAAAAAAAUCUAAAAUAUUUGUAGUAGAAACUUACUGAAGCCAAGAACCAAUCUAAACUGAUCAUUAAUAUAAUACAUAAAAGAUGAUUUCUUCAGAAUUUACUAUUUGUUAUGAUCAGCCUCUUCCUCCUCACAUGAAUCAAUUAUCUUCUGUUUGCAUUGCUGCAUCAUUCCUCUCUGUCUGAGUUUUUAAAGUAGGAAUAAAUCCGGUGGUGUCUUAACAUUAAAAGAGCCCUUGGCUUGCAAAUUGUAGUAAAGAAAGAUAUCUUGGCAUGGAUAUCAAAGCCGCACACCCGUACGAAGCUGUUCUCCUCAGCAAUCCAUUCUCCAUUUUUCACAGAGGGAAAAAUGUGUAGAACUGCUCAACAAACCCAGUGGCUUUCACAGGGACAUGAAAUAAUAUAUCUUUUUGAGCAGUAUGGUGACUUAAAUCCAGGUAGUCCAUAAUUACAAUGAAGUUCUCCAAUUAUACAGGUGAGUUGUUACUUAGGACAGACAAAUGUAAUAGCAUAUAUAUACCUCAAACUCUUCUUUGUAUUGUCGUGUAGCUCCGCUGGGAACAGUAAUAAUUACACUACUUGAAGAGAUAGUCUAUUAUACAUUAGCUGUAUAAUGCCCUGGAUGAGAUCCCACUCCCAUAAAAGUAAAUGAGAGUCUUGUCAUGGAUAUCAACAGAAUUAAGAUUGGACUGCAUAUGUUAUCUGUGUCUAGCUAGAUCUUAACACACAGUCAGGGCUGAAAAAUGCCAGCCAUUCAAAAAGCAUUACAGCUGUAGUGGUCUUAGCUUUUUACAGUACGGCUUUCACUGUUGUAGCGUGUUCAGCAUUGCAAAUGAGAAUGAGAUCAGAGCACUCAAAAGCAAGGUUGCAGGAUGCCUUUGUUCAUAGAGUUUUUGCUACUGGAGAACCAACGUCAAAACUGCAACAGGUCAUCAGAGGCAGCAAAUUGGAUGGUCUCCCCUAACGCCUUACAGAGAGUGUUACACAUCAUAAAACCACCAGAGAAUGGGACAGGUUUUCAUGAGGCCAAGCACUGGACUAGCAGUGACUGUGAAAGCCAGGCUGGAGUGUGUAGGUAUAAUUCUGCAGGGGAGGCCAUAAACAAAGGUUUUGAGAACCAUCUCAACUUUCAACAUGAGGCCAGAGUAUUUACCUCACAGGAAAUAUCAUCACCUCACAGAACUAAACCCUAACUUUGCUUCAAGCAAUAAUAACUUCAGAGGUUCAAUACCAAGGCAAUUGUUAAAAGGAAAGAGUGUAUGUAAUAUAACGAGGAACUCUGUAUCUGACAGAUCUGACUAGAGUUUCUCCUGUAUUCUCCUUCCUUGGCAAACAUUAAAAAAAAAAAAAAUCCUCAACAGAACUUUUUCUAGUUUUACUAGUAGGAAAAUUUAAGCUUCAACAGGGAAAAAAUAAUCCCUACCUACUAAUUUUUCAGCUUGGAGGGACAAGCAUAUUUUUCAGAGUCCUGUCCCGCUGAAAAAUUUUGCAAGUUAAAAACCUAAUUUUACACCCUUAAUUCCCAAAUAAAGAUCAUUUUCAGAUGCUGUGAGAAACUGAGGGCAGAUAUUGUCAUGGAUCAUUAAUUUUAGAGAUCUCCUUGCUUCAAUAUGCCAGGUAGAUCUGUCUUCACAUGAUAAGAGGGAGUUAGAAAACUGACUGAGCUUGGUUAGUCACUGGUGCUCACAGAACCUAUAUCCCACUAAUUGGAAACUACCUUGUUGCUACUGUGUGGAUGCCACGCUUGUUCACAUCACUGUAAAUCCAGAUAAAUUCUACUGAAGACGGGGGAGAAAAUAUAGGUUUAUAGCAAUGUAAACAACAUCAGAGAUGAUUCUAAUGCCUUUAUUUCUGCUGACUGAAAAUCAAGGGAGGUUCAAAGAAAACAAUUUGUCAUUUUCCACUGUAAAUCCAGUAACAGGAACUGGACUUUGACUCUUUAUCAAUGCACCAAGUAUUUUACAAGCAGCCAGCAAAAAUGCAUCAGAGUAAAUACAGCGCCCGUCAUCUGAAACACAUUAAAUGAGAAAGAAGCAUGGUGCAUAAGGUUAUUAGAUCGGCUGCCUCUUUCCCACCCCAGGAUAACAAUGAACGGAAGUGUUACCCUCUGGAUCUGAUCCAGUUUCCACUAAAGUCAAUGGAAAAAUUCUCACCUUCUCCAGUGGAAGCUGGAUCAGGCCCUGAGCAAAGAAAAACCUGCAGAUCUCAACCAGAGAGCAGAGCAAUUGCACACAUCAGUUACGCGUUCUUGUAAAUCCUGUGUACGCAUAAGAUGCUGUAUAAUUUUGUAACAAGUUUGUAAACAAAGCCUGUAAUAAAUUUGUUAAGGCCUAAUCCUGUUUUCACUGUAGCCGGGGAUGGUUUUA